AUGGCUUGGCUCAAAGCCCCUUUACUGGGUCUUACCCCACUGCUGGCGCUCUCAGGAGUGGUAAACGCGUAUCCAAGCACUCUUUUAGCUCUACGCGACCGCGAGGUCAACGCGGAACAGCUUCAAGCUAGUUAUGAUUAUGUGAUUGUUGGUGGAGGGCAGAGCGGACUUGUGAUUGCCAACCGUUUGAGCGAGGAUCCAUCCAAGUCCGUUCUGGUGGUCGAAUAUGGAUACUUCGACAACAACCCGGCCCAGCUGGACCCGUCAAGCGCGGUAAACUACCGUCCGAUCAACAUGUUCAACGUCUCGUCUGUGCCACAGCCUGGACUUGGCGGACGUGUUUCUGGGGCGUUCGCCGCUUCCGUUGUUGGAGGUGGCUCUACUGUGAACGGAAUGAUGUUUGAUCGUGGUGCUGCCGACGACUACGACAACUGGGAGAAGCUAGGGAACCCUGGAUGGGGAUUUUCUGGCCUGCUACCUUACUUUAAGAAGAGCACGAACUUCACCGCCCCGCGUGCGGACCUAGCUGAGGAGUACGGUAUCACUUGGGAUGCCAAGAAAGCUUACGGCACAAAUGGUCCUAUCCAAGCCACCUUCCCAGACUGGCUGUGGCCUACUAUUAAGGUCCAGUGGAAAGCAUGGGCUGAACUUGGCGUCCCGAUCCAAAAGGAAGCUGCGGCGGGAGAUGCUUAUGGCGCGUUCUGGGUACCAACCAACAACGAUCAGACUUAUCGCCGCUCAUACGCGCGAAGCGGAUACUACGACCCUGUGGCCAGCAGAAAGAACCUGAAGAUCAUCACUGGAUACAGGACCAACGAGGUUCUCUUCAGUGCCAAAAAGCAUGCAGAGUCAAUCACGAUUCAAGAAAGAGGCACCCCAAAUGGCGCGCCUACCAUCUCCGUCAAGGCAAAGCAGGAGAUUGUCCUCUGUGCCGGCUGGUUGCACACCCCACAGGUGCUUCAGCGUAGUGGCCUCGGGCCGAAGGACCUCCUGGAUGAAGCUGGCAUCAAGCUGAUUGUCGAUCUGCCAGGUGUAGGAGCAAACCUCCAAGAUCACGCCGUGACGAGCAUCGGCUACAGCUAUGCGACGGAUCUCAGUCCGAAUCCUAGCUCGCUUUAUACAAAUGCGACCUUCGCAGCAUGGGCUGCUGAGCAAUGGCUCGACCGUAAGGGUCCCCUCUCAGUUGGCGUUGGGAACUCUCUCUCUGUCCCUUCCCUCCCACAGAUGAGCCCCAACUACAAGUCCAUCAUUGCCAAAGCGCAGGUCCAGAACGCUGCCAAGCUGCUGCCCUCUACCUACACGUCUGUGAACGUCAAAGGUUUCGUCGCGCAGCGUGAUCUCCUCCUCAAGACCUUUAGCAAGCGCAACAACGGCGUUGUUGAAAUCACCUUCUCUGGCGGUGGUACCUCCUCACUAAGCAAUGAGAAGCCCCUGAGCCGCGGAACCGUGCGCCUGAACACGACGGACCACUACGCCGAGCCGAUUGUCGACUUCAACACCCUCAUCAACCCAACCGACACUGACAUCAUGGUCGAGUCGCUCAAGUUUGCCCGCAAGUGGUUCGCCACUGAGGCGAUGAAGCAGCUGUCACCAUCGGAGACGUCACCAGGCGUAAACAUCACGUCUGAUGCGGAUCUCGCGGCGUAUGUUGUCAGGUCCAUGGGCUCUACGACUGCCCAUAGUUCUGGAUCCGCAGCGAUGGCGCCUCGCCACUUGGCGGGUGUUGUCAGCCCAGAGCUACUAGUCUACGGAGUUACUGGAUUGAGCAUUGGAGAUAUCAGUCUUAUCCCCAUGAUCCCGUCAACGCACACCUGUGCGACGAUGUACGCUGUUGCUGAGAAGGCGGCAGAUUUGAUUAAGAAGAGAUCCCGUAAAUAG